UGGAGCGGCGGGGACAGCAAGAUACGACUGUUGCGUUGUCCAGUGAAGUGACCCCACCAUGCGUGAAUACAAGCUAGUGGUGCUAGGUUCUGGAGGUGUGGGGAAAUCAGCACUGACAGUCCAGUUCGUACAGGGAAUAUUUGUUGAGAAGUAUGACCCCACAAUAGAAGAUUCAUACAGAAAGCAAGUUGAAGUGGAUGGGCAGCAAUGUAUGCUAGAAAUCCUGGACACAGCAGGAACAGAGCAGUUCACGGCUAUGAGAGACCUGUACAUGAAGAACGGCCAGGGCUUUGCUCUGGUAUACUCCAUCACGGCACAGUCCACGUUUAACGACCUGCAGGACUUACGAGAACAGAUCCUACGAGUAAAGGACACAGAGGACGUGCCCAUGAUCCUGGUCGGGAACAAGUGUGAUUUGGAGGAUGAGAGAGUGGUGGGGAAGGAUCAGGGCCCAAACCUGGCCAGACAGUGGAACAACUGUGCCUUUCUAGAGUCCUCAGCUAAAUCAAAGAUCAAUGUUAAUGAGAUCUUCUACGAUUUGGUCAGACAGAUCAAUAGGAAAACGCCGGUGGAAAAGAAGAAGACAAAAAAGAAGUCAAACUGUACACUCCUCUAAGGCCUUGCCCCAGCAGCAGCUCUGAGCCAGAAUGCUGUAAUGAAGAACUGUUGCCCAAUUGGCCAGCAUUCCAGUCCCUUUCAGCAAUUGGAAAUCAGAAAAACGUCGGGGGUAAAAAGAAAAAAGUGCAACCGACCAAGAUUCACUCCACGACCCAAACGGACCUGUGGACCAGAAGGAGUGAGAGAGGAUUCAACAUUUCUCAUAUACUCUCUUCUGCUUUUUAUACUAAACACCUCUGACAACUCGCCCCCCGCCCUCUCAUUUUUGGACAAGGAACAGUUGUGAACACACUGUAGUGGAAAAAAAAAAGUUUUGACUUCAUCAAGCGCUUACAUUUUUUUGAAAUUGACCAUUUUUUUAAAAGGUUUAAAAAAGGAUACCUGUUGACAUUGGGUUAUUCAGAUCAGUGUGAUUUCUAUAUACCCUCAAAAGAGUUAUGGGCACAUGUCAAAUGAUAUUAAUAUCUGCGAGUGAAAUCAAGUUUAAGUAACAGAAUUUGUAUUAUCAUCCUGUACCCGCUGCACUAAUUGUGAUAGAUCAAAGUUCAUAGCUGAUGUUUCUCCCAUUUUGCCAGGACUUUUUCUUCAUCAAAUAACAUUUUUUUCUUCCUGAGUGACUUUGUUUUAUAUUUCAAAAAUCAGAGCUUUCAUAUUUCCCAUAAUAUAUUCUAAUUCCAUUUUUUUGCAUAGGGAUGUUGUGGAAAAAUGGUUCUUUUAUAGAGAGAUGUGGAAAAUGAAGUGAUUUCUGUGUCUCUCAAAGCUGAAAAUAUAUUGUACUAAAACCAACUCUAAUAUUUCUUCUUGUGUUUUUCCUGUCUCAUAAAAAAAUAAUAAUUUUUCCGACUUUUAUGAACGAUUAAAUUUUAGUACGUUUUCAUU